CGGCAGCGCGUGUCGCGGGCGGGCGGGCGGCUGGCACCAGGCUUGUAAAUAAACUGCGAUGCUGUCUCGGGCUCGCCGACCCGGGUGCCGCCGCCGCCGCCGCCCGGGAGCGCAGGUGCCAGGCUCCUGCCGCCGCGCGCCCUAGCGCUUCGGCUCCAGCCUCGCGCUCGCGCCGGCUCCCUGCAGCCCCCCGGUCGGCGCCCCCUCGGGGUCCCGCGGCUGACCCGUGCGGGAUGUGACCCCCUCGGCCCCCUGCCCCGCCGCCCCUGCCCCCCCGGGGGGCCCGCCUGUGCCUGCUUUUGGGGAUAGGGUGGGUGGGGAGAGGCGCGCGGAUCAUGGCAUUGGAGUUCCCCGGGCUUGCAGCCGCCGUCGCCGCCGCCUCGUCCACGCUCCCCGGGCGCCCCUUCUUCCCCCAGCAGCAGCGGAAACCGCGAAGCAGCCCGCGGGGGCGAGGCAGAUGGGGCUCAAGGCGCGCAGGGCGGCGGGGGCGGCUGGCGGAGGCGGCGAAGGGGGCGGCGGAGGCGGCGGGGCCGCUAACCCAGCCGGGGGGGACGCGGCGGCGGCCGGCGACGAGGAGCGGAAAGUGGGGCUGGCGCCCGGCGACGCGGAGCAAGUCACCUUGGCGCUCGGGGCCGGGGCCGACAAAGACGGGACCCUGCUGCUGGAGGGCGGUGGCCGCGACGAGGGGCUGCGGCGGACCCCGCAGGGCAUCGGGCUGCUGGCCAAGACCCCGCUGAGCCGGCCAGUCAACAGGAACAACGCCAAGUGCCGGCGCAUCCAAACUUUGAUCUACGACGCCCUGGAGAGACCGCGGGGCUGGGCGCUGCUCUACCACGCGCUCGUGUUCCUGAUCGUGCUGGGCUGCUUGAUCCUGGCUGUGCUGACCACAUUCAAGGAGUACGAGACGGUCUCUGGAGACUGGCUCCUGUUGCUGGAAACAUUUGCUAUUUUCAUCUUCGGAGCCGAGUUUGCUUUGAGGAUCUGGGCUGCCGGAUGUUGCUGCCGAUACAAAGGCUGGCGGGGACGACUGAAGUUUGCCAGGAAGCCCCUGUGCAUGUUGGACAUCUUUGUGCUGAUUGCUUCUGUGCCAGUGGUUGCGGUGGGAAACCAGGGCAAUGUCUUGGCCACCUCCCUGCGAAGCUUGCGCUUCCUGCAGAUCUUGCGCAUGCUGCGGAUGGACCGGAGGGGCGGCACCUGGAAGCUCCUGGGCUCAGCCAUCUGUGCCCACAGCAAAGAACUCAUCACCGCCUGGUACAUCGGCUUCCUGACGCUCAUUCUUUCCUCGUUUCUUGUCUACCUGGUGGAAAAAGAUGUGCCCGAAGUGGAUGCCCAGGGAGAGGAGAUGAAGGAGGAGUUUGAGACCUAUGCAGAUGCCCUGUGGUGGGGGCUGAUCACACUGGCCACCAUUGGCUACGGAGACAAGACUCCCAAGACGUGGGAAGGCCGUCUGAUUGCUGCCACCUUUUCCUUAAUUGGCGUCUCCUUUUUUGCCCUCCCAGCGGGUAUCCUGGGAUCAGGGCUGGCACUCAAGGUGCAGGAGCAGCAUCGUCAGAAGCACUUUGAGAAAAGGAGGAAGCCAGCUGCCGAGCUCAUCCAGGCUGCAUGGAGGUAUUAUGCUACCAACCCAAACAGGAUAGACCUGGUGGCGACGUGGAGGUUCUAUGAAUCUGUCGUCUCUUUCCCAUUCUUCAGGAAAGAACAGCUGGAAGCAGCAGCCAGCCAAAAGCUGGGUCUCUUGGAUCGGGUUCGCCUUUCUAAUCCUCGUGGUAGCAAUACUAAAGGAAAGCUAUUUACCCCUCUGAAUGUAGAUGCCAUAGAAGAAAGUCCUUCUAAAGAACCAAAGCCCGUGGGCUUAAACAAUAAAGAGCGCUUCCGCACCGCCUUCCGCAUGAAAGCCUACGCUUUCUGGCAGAGCUCUGAAGAUGCUGGGACCGGUGACCCCAUGGCAGAAGACAGGGGCUAUGGGAAUGAGUUCCUCAUGGAAGACAUGAUCCCCACCCUGAAAGCCGCCAUCCGAGCCGUCAGAAUUCUCCAGUUCCGUCUCUAUAAGAAGAAGUUCAAGGAGACGUUGAGGCCUUAUGACGUGAAGGAUGUGAUCGAGCAGUAUUCUGCGGGGCAUCUCGACAUGCUUUCCAGAAUAAAGUACCUGCAGACGAGAAUCGAUAUGAUUUUCACCCCUGGACCACCAUCCACUCCAAAACAUAAGAAGUCUCAGAAAGGGCCAGCAUUCACCUACCCAUCCCAGCAAUCUCCCAGGAAUGAACCAUAUGUAGCCAGAGCAUCCACAUCAGAAAUUGAAGACCAAAGCAUGAUGGGAAAAUUCGUAAAAGUUGAAAGACAGGUGCACGACAUGGGGAGAAAGCUGGAUUUCCUCGUGGACAUGCACAUGCAGCAUAUGGAACGGCUGCAGGUGCACGUCACGGAGUAUUACCCGACCAAGGGGACCUCCUCGCCCGUUGAGGUGGAGAAGCAGGAGGACAACAGGUAUUCUGAUUUGAAAACCAUCAUCUGCAGCUAUUCUGAGACAGGCCCCCCUGAGCCUCCCUACAGCUUGCACCAGGUGCCCGUCGACAAAGUCGGCCCCUAUGGGUUUUUUGCACAUGACCAAGUGAACCUGCCCCGCGGGGGACCCAGUUCUGCCAAGGUUCCGACAACCCUUCCUUCGUCGGCAGCCACGUAUGCAGAAAGGCCCACCGUCCUGCCCAUCUUGACUCUUCUCGACUCCCGAGUGAGCUACCACUCCCAGGCUGAACUGCAGGGCCCCUAUUCGGACCACAUCUCCCCCCACCAUGGGCGCAGCAUCACCCGGGACAGCGACACACCUCUGUCGCUGAUGUCACUCAACCAUGAGGAGCUGGAGCGGUCGCCCAGUGGCUUCAGCAUCUCCCAAGACAGAGACGAGUACGCAUUCGGCCCCAGCGCGGGGUCGAGCUGGAUGCGGGAGAAGCGGUACCUCGCGGAGGGUGAGACGGACACAGACACAGACCCCUUUACGCCCAGUGGCUCCAUGCCUCUGUCGUCCACAGGGGACGGGAUUUCCGACUCGAUAUGGACCCCUUCCAACAAGCCCGUCUGAAAGGGGUCACUGGCUGACUCCUCCUGUAACGUAGACACACUUUGUAUAGUUCGCUCUCUCACCCUACGCUUCCCGGAGGGGACGCCAGUGGCUGCAUCAAAUGCAUGCUAGUGCGAGGUGGCCCCACCAAGGAGGGGCUUCUCCUGGCCUUCUCCCUCCCCUUUCCAGCAUGCUUUGCAUGACUUGACACUAUAGAAAUGGUACCGCUAAUCUCCUCUAGGAUACACACUUAUCUGCUGUUCUUACUUCUAAUCACGAUUGGACCAGAACAGGGAGAAAUUGUUGACGAGCCGUCUGUUCUUCUGUUUGGUUGGCGGGUUUGGGGUUUUGGUUUGGUAAAGCAAAGAGAGUUGUUUCUUUCUAGGAUCACUGCCCCUUUGUGUGAAAUAUUCCAGUUGUUCGCUCUUUUCCUAAAGCAAGGAAAUCAUUUUCUCCAAAAAAAAAAAAAAAACAAAAAACAAAAAACAAAAAAACAUGUCGCGUACUAAUGAGGCUGCCCACUGAACUAAUAGGAGGAAAGGAGUGAGAUAGUUGCUGAAACCAAGCGGUUACAAAAUUCGAUUGUUAAGGCAAACUGUCAAAACCAUUUGAAGGCUCUCAAAGGGACUUCAUAUUUUUUUUUUGUAUCGUGCCUCAGUUUCCUCAUUUGUCAAAGGUGGCAGUAACCCAUAUAGAGCAUUUUGGAUGAGUUAUGAAUUGCCAGGGAGAAAACACACAUACACAAUCACACAAGCAAGCUAAAAUAGUUCCCUAUUUAUGUAGCCAAAGACAAUAAAAUUUAUCAGAAGUGGGGUGCCUCUCAGGGCAGGAGCUAACUUCAAUGUUUUCAAAAUGAGUUUCAAACUCACAUUUUCCCCCAGGACACUUAACGGACAAAAUAUCCAUCUAGAUUGGAUUCAAGAGGGCACACAGAAAUUUCCUGCUCCAUGUCUUCGUUUCUUAAAAAUGACAGAGCUCUUCUGCUCAGGUGAAGUGAGCAUAAGAACUGCUCUGUCAUCUUGUGUCAAUCCUGUCAGCUGACUCCCUCCCAGCACUGGUCUCUUCUCACCACAACACGCUACCUUUCACAUAUCAGGACCCAGAAGCUGUGCCAAAACUCUGGAACUCAGUUAUGUGGAAAGCACUCCCUGCAGUUUAUCUGGUAGGAGCGGGAUGUCUGCUUUUAUCGCCAAACAUGUUCACUAAACGAGUUGCAACCUGGAUUCGGAAGAAACCAGUACGAUCAAUCUAUAACACCUAUUACCAUACAAACAGGAAGAAUCCAGAAUUUUACUCCUCCAAUUUUUUUAAAUGAAAAUGAUAAAGCAAUAUACAGCCAUGAGACUAAAGAGUAAACAAAUGGCCUGGAGACCACUGACUUACUCUAUGUGUUCAUAUGAAACACAAGGCACUCUGUGGUGUCACAUGAGAUGUUACCACACUCUGACAAACUUUACUGGAAAAGGUUUCUGUUAGGCUGGGGCUGAAUUAGGUAGAUAACCAUACCGCAGUAUUACCGGCUCACUCUCUUCACCUAGCUGUGGGUGGUUGCCAUGGGGACCAGGAAGCCAAUCAAAAUAUCCUAAAUAAAUGUCUGCAGGCAUCUACCACGAAUGCUCUUCACAGGCUUAUCAAGAACCAUUGUGCUGUGGCAGAGACCUGGUUGGCAGUUCCAUCACUACAUAAUGCAGGGGCCCUACGCUAUGCUGGAGAGGAGCUACUUAGAUUUGUUUCAACCCACGUCAACAAACUGCAGCAGGCUCACAAUGCAGUGAGGAUGGAAGCAUGGCCCUGACAUUCGGAACUGAGCAAUCUAAGUUCCUGGCCAAGGCUAGGCAGUGUGAGUGAUGGAAGAGAUGACAGGAAGAAUUACGUGGAAGGUCCCUUGAGUGGCGGGAUAUUGACCUUGAAGUCAUGGCCACACACAUCAGACAUGAAGCCCCUUGGCAAUGGUUUUUUACCUGAGCUUCCGACAACCUGAAGAACAAAGGGCUUGCAUCAGUUGGCCCUGCUUUCUCGCUUUCUUGAAUAUGUGUGAGAGCAUUAUUAUGCUCCUAGGUCGGGGCUUGGGCUUUGAUUUUCAUCUUCCUGGAAUCUGACCAGAAAUGACUGCUACCCACCAUCCAGCAGGUCACUAAACUCUUAUGUAUACACAAAUGAUUGAAAACCAAACAAAUGGAGAACUAAGCAAACCCUUUACAUAUAUUUAACUUAAGAAUUGAAGCAUUGCCUACCGGCUUCAGCACCUUGCAAACAGAUAUAUUUUUAAUAGAAUUCUCAGUCAAACAUAUGAAAUCUUCGACUGAAGCGUGGAUUGUUUCCCUAACCGUAGGCUGGCAGUCUGCCUUCCUGCUGGAUCACAAGGCCAGGAGAGCAAAACUGGGUUUGUAUUGAUCACUACUAUGUGUCCAACAGCUAGUAGGUUGUGGACACAGACAAAAUUCACAUUUCCUGAUAAAAUGAAAUUAUUUGACUAUUAAGAGAUAUUUUCAGAAAUACAAAAAAGGAAAACUAAAGGGAAAAGAAAAUUAAUCUUGUAGGGUGAUCCUGCUCUGACAAUCCUUAAUUACCGAAAUUAAAAUUAGCUUAGUUGAAAAAUACAUUGUAGAAAGCAAACCAAACCUCAAGUUGCUUGCCCAUAUACCACACCCCCUACAUGGCCGGCAAAGAGGAAACAAAGUAAGAAUUUUAACAUGAGUUGUGGGAAGAAACAAUGUGUGUUUCCAGAGAUCUUUAUGUCAGACAGAGGUAGAGCAUGAUGCAAUAAUUCAAUGGAUUUGGUUACUAACAUAACCCCAAAUUAUAUUACUUCGGAUAGAAGAAUUAUCCAGAACAUUGCCAGGAAAUCCCAGUGGUUUUGGCAAAACCCUUGAAAGGAUGACAGAUGACUUCUAUCACAAAACUAGGAAUGGUUUUCUCAGGUAGAACUAUGUUCCCAUUAUAUUCGUAUGUAUUUGGCCUCUGUCAUAAUACUCAUAUGACACAUGAAAAAUUUAAGAAGUCAUAUUUCAGUAGGAUCACAACGAAUGAGAUAAAUCAACUUUGGUAUUUCUGGGUGAAAUGCGAUCCCACUGGGCAAAGAAAAGGUAUUUGAGAUGAAAUGUGAGUUUUGACUGUUAAAUAGCAGCACACAAGCAAACACCAAAAGUUUGUAUAAGGAAAAAGAAAGUCAUCAAAUUGACAAAGUUCCAUUUAGUUACUGUGCUUGCUCCUAAAACUGAGUUUAGAUUUAUUAGAUAACACUGACAUGACAAAGCCCUAGGGUUCAUAACGAAAAAACUCGAAAAGCCCAACAUAUAUAUAGGUCACAAUGAACUAACUAAUCAACAAUUGUGCAUCUUAUGCCUAUUUUGUUCAAGGCACUUCCUAGACGUAGAAAUUGAGAGAAUCAUUAUCAAACAACCUAAUUUAAUCUGCUCUUGAUUUUCUAAAACCACUCUCACAAUCCCAUGAAACUAAUGAAAAUGUAAUGAAGAAAAAGUUAUUUACUCAUUUGACAAGAUUAUGCCAGUAACUGUGAAACAGAAAUUCAAAGAUUAGAAAUGCAGUUCCUCCCGUCAAAAAGCUAUGAAUCUGAUGGCCUCAAAUAUCAGACAUCCCUUCAAACUAUACCUGCUAGGAGUGGGGACUAUCUGAGUCCAUCCCUGUGGACAAAUCCUUGCCAAGAGUGCUUUCUAGCUUGGAAACAAUGGGACGUUGAACGUGGAGGAAAGUGAGAGCAAAGAUUCUGCAUCAAAAUGAUAACGAUUCCUUCAGUCCAGGGGAGGCUGAGUAGGUUGGAUGGGGAAUCUGAGUGUGAGUUCAAUGCUCCAGACUUUAUAGCUCCAGGUAAGCCGUGCAAGAACAAACUAUAGGGUGUCUGAAGAAGGUGCUUGGGACCAACUUUCUCCUCUUGUGUAAAUCCCUACCAGGAUCAAAGGCACGCCAGGAGCUGAGCUGCUUACAAUCUAUCUAAGCUAUUACAUUCUAUCUACUUACAUUCUAUCAUUGACCAAGAGGGAUAGCACAGUAUCUUUUUCAAGAGGAAGAUGUUAUCUGCCUGUAGGAACCUGCAGAUCCACUUCUUUGAGGGCAAGAGAAGAAACUUGUUCAGCGCCCUAAGCCAUUCAUUGAACUCUGGACAGUGCUGCAAAACAAAGCCCAGGAUUCCCUCAACCCUUUGCUUCCCCCAGAAGAUGCCAGCUAACUGGUCUUUGGUUUUCAUCAAUAUGCUUCCAAGACACCUAGGACUGCAAAGAUUUUCCUUUUGCUUUCUGGACCCUAAGCAUCUUUAGGAAUUGGCCCCACAUCCUCAGUUUUCCUUGAAUCCUUACUUA